AUGGAGAAGCAAAAUGAAGUAGCGGUGUUUGGGACAUGGGCUAGUGCAUUCUGCACCAGAGUUGAGGUGGCCCUUAAAGUUAAGGGCAUACCCUACGAGUUCGUGGAGGAAGAUUUGACAAACAAGAGUGAGUUGCUCCUCAAGUACAACCCUGUCCAUAAGAAGGUACCUGUUCUGCUACACAAAGGCAAAGCCAUUGCUGAAUCACUUGUCAUCUUGGAAUACAUCGACCAACAUUGGAACCACACUCCAAAACUAUUACCUGAGGACCCUUAUCAGAGAGCCAAGCUUCGAUUCUGGACCAACUUUUAUGAUCAAAAGCUGCUACCGAGCAGCUUACCCAUCAUCAUGUCCAAGGACAGAGAGCAAGAAAAAGCUAUAGAAAACUUUUCUGCAUUGCUAAAGGUUUUUGAAGAAGGAAUCAUCAAGGAUUUUCCCGGAAAACUCCAUUUCUCCACUGGUGAGACUUUGGAUUACCUUGACAUCGUGGUUGGAACAUAUGCUUGCAACUACAGAGCUUUUCACGACGUCGUUGCCAUCAUUAUCGACCCCGCAAAGCACCCAGUGUUCUUGCCAUGGGUAAAUGCUCUGAAAGACCACCCUCUGAUGAAAGAGACACUCCCUCCUCAUGACAAGCUUGUUGCUGCCAUGAGAGGGAAGUACUUCCAGUUACCUACGGUUUGA